GUUUAUAUGAAAAUCCACUAAUUUCAGUCUCAAAUCAAGCCAUAUCAUAUUAGACGAAAACAAAAAAUUUAAUCCAAUAUUGAAAAAUGUGACGUUGUCAUUUCUUAAAACAAUGGUGAUAUGGGAACGGUGCGGUUCAGGUUUUAAGAUUGUGAAAACUCAACUGUGUAUAAAAUCUGGUUCUAAAUCCUUGCGGUUUAACCGCAAACCCGGACAGGUCUAAAGAGAGAGGAGGGCGUGGAAAGCGUUUCUUCUGAUCUUCUGUUUUAAAUUUGCUUCAUCACGAAGCAAAUCGGAGAGUAGACCGCCUUUGAACACUUCAUUGACUUCGAGAAACCAAUCGGAAAAUGGUUCAACAGAAGCCGCUGAUCUACGCGUUCGUGGCGCGCGGCACCGUCAUACUGGCGGAGUACACUAGCUUCAGCGGAAACUUCAACUCCAUAGCCUUCCAAUGCUUGCAGAAGCUUCCACCAUCCAACAGCAAGUUCACCUACAAUUGCGAUGGCCACACUUUUAACUACCUUGUUGAUAACGGCUUCACUUAUUGUGUGGUUGCCGAAGAAUCAGUAGGAAGACAAGUUCCCAUAGCCUGCUUAGAGCGCAUCAAGGAUGACUUUGUAUCAAAACAUGGAGGUGAUAAGGCUUUAGCUGCUCCUGCUAAUAGCCUUAAUAAGGAAUUUGGGCCCAAACUAAAGGAACAUAUGCAAUACUGCAUUGAUCAUCCGGAGGAGGUAAGCAAACUUGCAAAGGUGAAAGCUCAGGUCUCAGAAGUCAAAGGUGUAAUGAUGGAAAACAUUGAGAAGGUUCUUGAUCGUGGGGAAAAGAUUGAGCUUCUCGUGGAUAAGACAGAGAAUCUUCAUAAUCAGGCACAGGACUUUAGAAGCACAGGCACAAAGAUCCGGAGAAAAAUGUGGCUGCAAAACAUGAAGGUUAAACUGAUAGUUUUGGGAAUCAUAAUUGCGUUGAUCCUCAUCAUAGUUCUUUCUGUUUGCCAUGGCUUCAAAUGUGGAAAGUGAUGACAGUACAACAUAUUCGUGCAGGACAGCGCUCAACUUCUGUCUUCUGCACCCUCCCAAAUCACUAUAUAUAUACUCCGUAUAUGGUUUCUGAUGUUUUUGGUACAAUAGGAAAACUGUCUAGUCCAUUUACAAUCAUUGAAAUAUUUCCUAAAUGUUAUGCUAUUUUUUGUUCAUGUAUGUUUUGUGUAUGGUUUUGAAUGGGAGCUUUGGUGCACUGAAGCCACUGAUUAAGAUAUUGUUGUUUGAUGGAGAGGUCAUGGCCUCAUGGGCCUCUUGUCACGAUUUGACGGGAAAAGGUUUGCCCUUAUACACCCUUGUGGUUGUGACCUUUCCCCGGACCCCCCCUUGCGGGAGUUUUCGUGCAUCGGGCUGCCUUGUUUGUGUGUGUGUGUGUCUGGUUUCGAGCUGUUAAGGGUACUUUUGAGCUUCGAAUGCGCUAGUUGAUGUAUUAUACUGAUGUGUUC